AUGCCCGACCUGACUCGAUACCGUUCUUCUAACUUGGCUAGCUCCAGCCGAACAGCCGGUCCUAUCGCUGCUUCUCAUAAUGCUUGCGUAAAUCAAUCCCGCUCUUCUCGGUCCGCCUUUGCUGCUUCGCCGACAGGCCCUUCAUCUGCGCUCUCCUCCGCAACCAGCGCCACCGGCAAGUCGACUUUCCGACCGGCCCUCACGGUAACGGUAACCACACGCCAUAUCAACACUAUACAGGACGCAAUACGUUGCCUCAAACCUCUUCCCUCGGUGCCCACCGACGUAGAUGCAGACGACGACGGCUCUGAGCUCCUACACCACCAUCGCCCUUCUCACAACAACGACAGCGAAGAUCACAUCGAGUCCGACAUCUCUAGCGCUUCGGCCAGCAGCGCCGCCUCGUCGUCCAUGGACCCCGACUGGGUCGAGACCUCGCUUCGCAAUCAGGUCGCAAAGCUCCACAUCCAGUACAAUGACAUUGAUCUUGCACAGACAGAAGCACCCAGCGUAUUCGGUCUUCGUCGACGCAUCAUCGCGGCUGCGCUUGACCAUCUGUCUCAGCCACAACUCGACUCUGCUCAAGGGUCAUCUCGUGCUGCCAAGCAAUUCGAGCAGAGAGGACUGAAUGAGUGGCUGGCAGUGCAAUCCUCCUCCUCUUCCAGUGGACAGUGGAAAGGCAAGAUUCUGCGCAAAAAAAUCUCAUUUGGCAACAAGAAAGCCAAAGCUUCUUUUGCGAACCAGCCUCUUGUACACGAUCCUAUGCCCGCCAGUGCUGCAGCUUCUUUCUCAGAAUCCACUGUCCGUAGCCGAUCGAGCUCGAUGACCGGCAGCUCCACCUCUUCUCACGACAAGAUGCUCAAACGCGACAAAGAGCUCGCUGAGCGAGAAGCCAACUUUGACCUUGUCCUUCUCAGCCGCUUUGAAAGUGCAGAGCUCAAGAUGCAGGUCUACACCGAGCACAGGCAAGGCAACUGGCUCGUCAAGGGUCCAGCAGAGGGAUGUGCCAAGGUGCUGGAUGAGCCGCCCCUCGUUUUCAGCCCGUGGGAUUGUCAGAUUGACAGCCGAGCCAUUGUUGAGCGCAAGAAGCUGCGUUCGUUCAUCGAGCUCAGCGACACCACCUGUGUCGUACGCUGCACCGUCUGCAGUAGUCCACACCACCAACGACUCGGCCACAAGCCUGGUUGGGUAGGUUGCAAGCACUGCAACGGCACUGGCGCAGUCAAAGCAACAUACGUCGUCUGUAUCACCCUCCGCCAAUCCACCUUCCUCCCGCUCAGCAUGCCUGUGCGUCAUCGAGCAGGCAAGCAUCAAGACGCCUUCCGCUCUUACCUACCCAAGACCAACCAAGCUGUUUCGCACAUCGACAUUCUCCGUAUGCGAUCGCUCGAAGCAGUCCGUUCGUGCGCUUUACGUGUCGGUCGCGCACACCACAAAGACCACGAUGCACGCUUACUCAUGGCCAAGGCUACAUUGGCAAGGAGGAGCUGCAAUAGUGUUGCUGUCAUCAACCGCACCAAUGGGAUCUAUCGCGUUUUUGACAUUACUGAUGGUGGCUGUGUAAGAGGGCAUGCAGGUGCAGGCCUGACAGAUGAAGAUAGUCGCAUCACCGAGACUCCGGAGAUUGCGAGCGGAUUGUCAAAGUUGCCUGUCACAGCCAGGCUUGAUGCAGAGGGAACGUAUAGAUUUGUUGAUUUGGAACUGGUGGAUAUGGCCAGUUCCAAGAGUCUUUCCUUUGCGGUGGAGGAUGAUGCGGGAAGUGUGUUUGGGCAAGGCAGUGGCACUGAAGAUUCCUACUCGCCUAGUGUCUUUAGCUUUUGGCAGCGUGCAGGCGGGCAAGAUGGCUCGAAGGAUUCGCAGACGCUAAAAGGUAGCAAAGACCAAGCUAACCGAGGGCGAGCUAUUGCUGAGCAGCUGGAUGAAGAGCAGCUCAUCAACUCGAGACAUAAUUCUGCAGCAUCAACUUGGUCCAACGCUGUCUCACUCCACUCGAACCAAUCUUCUAAAGCAAGCGCUGGAUCCAGUGACAAACCAAGCGAUCUCUCCCUUCUCCCUCCACGAAAGCCUUGGGAGAAAGGUAGGAGACCCAAUUCACCAAAUACUCUCAACUCGCCAGCUCUGACAGUGUCGGGCAUAAGUACCUCCAACAGCUCUCUUUUGACCUGCGAAAGCGAUGCCAGUGGUGGAGCGAGAGAUUCGGUCAAGUCAGGAUCGAGUAGAAACCCGGGUACUUUACCUGCAAAGUCUCCUUUGAGACAGUUGAAGCGGUUGCCUGCUUGCUAG